CCGUCGCCGCCCCGAGGCCGUGGCGGGCGGUUCAGGCCGGCCGGAACCUCUCCUCCCGGGCCCGCCCGCCAUGACGAUCACCUACAGCUGUGUCGCUAAUGGCCGAGCGGUCCUAGCGGAGCUGGCCCUGACCGGCGGCUCCUAUCAGGAAGCAGCAGCAACAGUGCUUAGACUAGUGCUUCUUAGAGCUGAACAGAAGACCAUAAUUCAGAUGGGAAGCUUUGUCUAUCAUACUCUCUUUAUUGAUGGAAUCACUUACCUAUGUGCUACAGACAAUGCCUUGGAUACCAUAACACCAUCUGCAUUUCUUACAAAUGUUAGUGAUACUUUUCUGAGAAAUCCUUUGAUGUCGCAAGAACAUUUUUCUCCUUCAAAUGCCGUUGCUGCAGAUUUUCAACAAGUAUUAGGAAAGUAUAUGAUGAAAUACAAUAAAAAUCAAGAUGGUAGCUCAAUAUCUACAUUGAAGAGUCAAGUAACUGAUGUAAAAAAUAUUAUGUCCCAAAAUAUUGAUGAAAUUUUGGAAAGCGAAAAAAGAUUGAAUAUCUACACUGAUAGAACCAGUUAUCUCCAAACAACUGCCAAAGAAUCUCAAAAACCAAGAAAGAUUCUUAGGAGGAUAUGGUGGAAACACUUCAAAAAGAUCAUAAUCAUCACUGUGGGAAGAGCUUCGCUCGUCUGCUUUUCCCCCCGAAGUUUUUCGUCAAAAGAAGCAGACCCUAUGACCAAGCCCAAAUGUCGUGGCUGGAAGCUGGAUUAUUCGGGAUUUGUGAUUUGCAGCUUCCUGCGGUACACCUAGAAGAAAGUGAGGUUUCCAGGAGACUGACAGUUUCCAGCUUCUCAGAUCUCAUCACAAGCUCUUGCUUUGCACUUCUGGCGGCAAAAUACGAUGGCUUCUCAGACUUCUGUGCAAACUCCUGCUUUGCAGUCAAGGGGGCUAGAAAUGGCAGCUUCUCAGAGUCCUCUACAAGUUCUGUUAUCUUGUAUUUCUCCAUGAGUUCUGGCUUCUUCAUCUGCUCCAACGCCUCAAUCCAUCACUGAAUGUUCUUUAAUCCUUUGCCUGCAACUCCCAGCCUUUCACGCCUCCAGCUUCUGCUUCAGUCAACUAACCCUCAGUUCUUACAUUAAAUAUCUUUAUGCUACAAUACUUCAGUGUCUUUGCUUUUCUCACUACAUUUAGUGAUGAGUAAUAAAAGUGGUUUCCAGGAGGCGCAGAACUUUAGGGAUUUGGAAUUGAUUCUCUGAUCCCAUUAGACAUAAAGGACCCCAUUGCCAGUGAUAAUAGCAUUGGUAGUUACAGCAUACAAUGGCAAAUGGCUGGGGGAUCCAUGGAUGGCUCAGUGGUUUAGUGCCUGCCUUCGGCCCAGAGUGUGAUCCUGGAGUCCUGGGAUUGAGUCCCACAUCAGGUUCCCUGCAUGGAGCCUGUGUCUCUGCCUCUCUCUCUCUCUCUCCCCCUCUCUAUGUCUCUCAUGAAUAAAUAAAUAAAAUCUUAAAAAAAAAAUACAAUGGCAAAUGGUUAAGUUAGUAUCACCCUGGAUGACCAAAAAAUUGCUACAAUAGGAUAAUGCAGCGGAAGUAAAGGGUACAAGGACUGUGGAGUAGUUACACUGGAGAAUUUAGAGAAAGAAAAUGAUAAACUCAAGGUUUGGAAUUCCCACUUCAAAGUUUGGAUAAAAAAAAAAAAAAAAAAAAA